UCCCAGAAGAUGAGAGGAGUCCCGACGCAUCCCAACAUGCUCUUCAAGUGUCUCAUCGGCAUUGUACUAAUAGAACAGGUUUCAAGUUUGUUUGAAACCGUGAACAGCAAGCCUACUUACCAAAGAAGAGAUCCAUAUACUGGUCAGAUGGUGACAUGUGAACAGUGUCCCCCUGGGACAUAUGUGAAAACACAAUGUACUAGUGACCAUCCAACAAUAUGUGAAUCCUGUCCAGAUUUGCAUUAUACUCAGUAUUGGAACUACCUUCAGAAAUGCCGUUACUGUAAUGUGUUCUGUGGGCACCACCAAUAUGAAAAGCAUCAGUGUAAUUCUACACAUAAUAGAGUGUGUGAAUGCAAAGCAGGUCAUUAUUUGGAAUUUGAAUUCUGCCUGAAACAUUCUAGCUGUCCUUAUGGUGCUGGCGUAAUUAAAAAGGGAACACCAUACAGUGACACAAAUUGUGAACAGUGUACUGAUGGUCAUUUUUCUGCCAGUGUGUCCAGUUCAGAAUCUUGUUUAGAGCAUACAAACUGCACUGAAAGAGGCUUAGCGGUUAAUGUCGCAGGUAAUCGAUACCAUGACACACUGUGUACUCCUUGCAAAACAUAUCAUGGCCGCAAACCUUUGGUCAAUGAUUCAGUUGUUUCAACCUGUAAUGAAGCAAUUAUUGAGUUUGUGGCAUAUCAGAAGAUUCCAAUCAAGAAACUGAAACGAUUUCUUACUUUACUCGAGAUUGAGCAGGCAAAGAAAGUUAGUAAACAAUUGAGAGCGCAGAAUAAACAUAUGAUGCAUCAAAGUUUACAUCCCCUUCUCGUGAAAUGGAAAGAAGUUGUCAAGGAACACCACCUACUUGAAAAAAUCCUGCAUAUACUUCAAAAAGCAAAGUUGAAGAAUAUUAUACAAAAUGUCCGAGAGCGUUUUAUGUUGAAUGUGGUAACUUCACUUUCAAAUGUGUUAGUUGAGACUGAAUGACUGCAUAAUAUCGCUAAAACCUAGAGACAAGCAGCUUCAAAUUUUAUUCCAUGUUUGUGCUGUGAGUUAGCUAAUAUUAGCUGAAGCAGCAAUUCAUUGACUUGGGCAUUUCUGCAGUAUGUAUGGGAAAAAUUAGCAUGGCUCCCCAUUUCUGACAGACUUUCCUCAACCCCCUCCUCUGACAACCAAACCAUAUUUAUGUAAAGCAUUUAAUUUAUUUUGGGGCUCAACAUCGAUUGCAAUCAUAAUGAAUUAGCACUUCAAUGAGAUAGUAAAUUGUAUCAUAUUUGUCCAAAUAUAUGCCAGCCAUUAAAAGACAAGAAUAAAAAUUUGAGGGGGCUGUGUAGGCAUUUUGAAAGUCAGACAGAGCAACUGCCAUUAAAACACUUUUAUCAUAUGAAAUAUAUUGGCAGUAAAAGAAGAAAGCCCAAGGAGAUCUUUAGCAGGAAGAAGAAAGACACCGACAAUGACAGACGCUGUAUAGUUUUGAAAUUAAUUUGAUAUAUGAGAAUAAAUUGAUAUUAUUUUGUUUAAA